AUGAUUCCGUACUAUAUCGUGCUGCAAGUCAUGCUUGCGUUGGGACUUGGUCUUGACAUGUGGUAUAUAACCGAUAAGCAGAUCAUACUGAUCUUCAAAUUAUUCAUCGUCAUCGAAGUUCUGUACUUGACAGCACUAGUCCUCGUCAAAGCAGCCAUCCUAUGCUUCUUCCUCCGAAUCUUCCCCGACCACAAAUUCAGAAUUGUAGUCAAGUGCACCAUGGUCUUCAACGCUCUGAUCUGGGUAGGAUUCUUCAUCUUUGUCUUCUUCCAGACCCAGCCAUUCUCACUAUUCUGGAACGGGUGGCAGCAGAAGAAGGGGCAUCUUAUUCUGACGGGGUUCACUAAUUUCACUCUGCCGCUUGCGGGGAUAAAUCUGGUGCUGGAUAUCUGGAUGCUCAUUCUGCCCAUGACGCAGCUCUGGGGGAUGGGGUUGAAGUUGAAGAAGAAACUCGGUGUGAUUAGCAUGUUCAGCGUUGGGAUAUUUAUAGUCUUACAAUUGUCGCUGCGAUUCGAGUUCGCGAACUUGUAG